GAAAAUAAACAGUGCAGCGGUUUCUGUGUGUUAGCGGAGGCUAGAGCAAAUUUUUUAAAAAUUAUUACUUUAUAUAUAUAUAUGUAAUUUUUUUUACAGGUUUUCUGAUUUCGUGUGAAGUUCAGCUGUUUCCCUCAGGAGUGCACACUUCAGGGUAGUGCACACUUCAGAGGAGUGCACACUUCAGGGGAGUGCACACUUCAGGGGAGUGCACACUUCAGAGGAGUGCACACUUCAGGGUAGUGCACACUUCAGAGGAGUGCACACUUCAGAGGAGUGCACACUUCAGGGUAGUGCACACUUCAGAGGAGUGCACACUUCAGAGGAGUGCACACUUCAGGGGAGUGCACACUUCAGGGGAGUGCACUGGAACUCCCUCCCUGGGUCUCAGGGCUGAUCGGGACGCGAGUAAGGAGUCGUCAGUGUAAAGGAGGCUGAGAUGCCGGAGAUUAAACUGAAACAUGUGGUGUCCUGCAGCAGUGAGGACAGUACACAUAAAGCAGAGAACUUGUUGAGCUCAGAGACGUACAGGAAGUGGAAAUCUGCUCAUCCAGGAGAGAAACAGGUUUCAGUCAUCCUGCAGUUUGAGAAGGAGGAGCAGGUCCACAGUAUUGACAUUGGGAAUGAAGGAUCAGCCUUCAUCGAAGUACUCGUCGGACACUCGACCUCCGUUAAAGACCAGGAUUUUGAGGUGUUGUUGGUGACAUCGUCGUUCAUGUCUCCCUUUGAGAGUCGAGGGAAUUCGAAUCUAAACCGUGUGCGAUUUUUCGGCCCUCAGCAACUGGUGAAGAGCACGAGUCAGGAGAAGUGGGACAGAGUGAAGAUCGUCUGUACACAACCCUACAACAAGAACAUUGCAUAUGGAGUGGCAUUUAUAAAGUUUCACUCUCUGCCGAAUGACGACACUCCUGCUGCCACAUCACCUAAGUUGACUAAACUGGGUCAGUUCCGGAUGAAGGAGGAAUCUCAGUCCCCUGGGUCAAAGCUGCAGCCCGGGAGUCUGUUCCUGAGCCGAGAGAAUAAAGAGAGCGCAGGACUGAAGGUUUCUCCUAAAAACACUACGCUGAGUUAUGCAGCAGCCGCGUUACAGGCAGAGCCAUCGACCUCAACCUCUGCCCCCACCAGUUCACCACAGACUGCUCUACCUGUGAAGAGAAAGUUUGAGUUCAGUAAAGAGAGACAGGACGCCCCCCCUCCCCCUGCCAGUAAACGCACAGCUCCAUGCAAAACCCUCACACGGACCGCUGAACACACACACACCUCCACCGGCACAAAAACAGUGUCUUUUUCCCAGAAGUCCCCGGGGCAGACAUCCUCUGUGAAGCCCAGCCCCUGGUCCUCAGAGCCCGUCCCCUUCAACCGCAUCAUGGAGGGUGUGGUGUUUGUGCUUAGUGGGUUCCAGAACCCGUUCCGUGGAGAACUCCGAGACAAGGCUCUGUCCAUGGGGGCGAAGUACCGACCAGACUGGAGCCCCGACUCCACACACCUCAUAUGUGCCUUUGCUAACACUCCUAAAUACAGUCAGGUGAAGGCAGCAGGGGGGCUGAUUGUGAGGAAGGAGUGGGUGAUCGACUGUCACAAGAGGAAACAGAAAAUCUCCUAUAAACGAUAUUUGACUGAUGGGGCGGAGUCGAGUUCGGAGGAGGAGGAGGAGGAGGAGGACAGCACUGCUGAGAAGCAGAAACGUGAUGAGACAAAGAAAACAACUCCUGAACAGAGACCCAGCACCUCCGUGAAAUCUGUGAAAGAGGAGAGGAGUGAUGGAUCAACAGAUGAGCAAGAGGAAGAGCAUGAUGAAGAUGGAUCAGGCAUGGACACUGAAGAUGAGCUGAGAAGAGUGGAGAAGAGAAGAGAGGAGAAGGCAGGACAGGAGGACAGAGGAAGUGGAGGAGGAGAGGAGAUGGAGGACGACCCGUAUGGAGGCUCUACAGACGAAAACACAGAUGCUGAAGAAGAGGAAGACAAACCCAUACCAGAUUUGCCAGAUUUUCUGACAGGAAAGUGUUUUUAUCUUUAUGGGACGUUUCCGGAGAAUCAGAGACGCCUGCUGCAGCGUUACAUCAUCGCCUUUAAUGGUACUCUAGAGGACUACAUGAAUGAGAAGGUCCAGUUUGUGGUCACCAGUCAGGGAUGGGACAACACCUUCGAAGACGCUCUGAUGGAGAAUGAGAAUCUGAGUUUUGUGAAGCCCACCUGGAUUUUCGCCAUUAAUGAUCGGCAGAAGACGUUACCCUACCAGCCCUACACCGUCGUGCCCUAAACACACAGCCUUACACUGUAGUGCCCUUAUGUUACUUCUUCACUUACGCACACGCGUGUUCUGACUCCAUCAUCGUCUGGCGCUGGUGUUUUAUUCAACUGUAAAACGGUCAUCCUGCUUGGCCUGAUCUCACACACACACUCCUGUUUCCUCCACGUCACCAUGUUGUGCUUUGGGUCGUGUUUCGGGUCGUGUUUCUACACCACAGAUGUGCUUGUGAUGAAGUGUGAUGGGAAAUUAGUGGAUGGUGUGUGUGUGUGUGUGUGUGUGUGUGUGUGAGAGAGAUUAAAAAUUUUUGUUUUUUUAAUGUUUCUCUGAAACAAUCCAGACUUCAGUUUGUUGAUCUUUUUUUUAUUGAUGUUAAUGAUUUAUUAGGUUAAAUUCUUCAGUGUGUGUUUGUGUUUAAUUUGUUACUGAUUGUUUAGUUUGUAAUGAAUGACUUGGAGUGUAAGUGAAUUUUUCCUGAUAUAAUAGUUAUUUUCGUCUCUCACACACACUGUUUCCAUUCAUGUGUUGAUCAAACUGAUACUAAUUUCAUUAUUAAAACGUUCACAGCUCAGAGUUCGAUGUUGGUAAAUGAAACAUUUCACUUCCUCUUUAUUAUUAAGCAUCUUGUGCAGGUCUCCUCUUUACACAAAAGGUGUGUAUGUGUGUGCGCGCACACAUGAGACAGAGACAGAUGCUGUAGCACGCACUCCCAUACCGACUCCCGUCCCUGUGUCCUCUCCAACCCUCUCCCCUCACCUGUCCCAGGUGAACUGCACUGUGGCGUCCUCUGUGUCCCCCCCGUAUUGUAAAUUCUGUGCUGUGGUGUUGUUGCUGAUCUUCUGUGUGGUGUUUGGAAGGGUGUGUGUCGCUGUGUCGAAGUAGAAGAUGCUACAAGACACCAACUAUCUUACCGUCUCUGACUAUCUGCUCACCACACUCGUCAUGCCCGGGGGGUGUACCUGGAGGGGGCACACACACACACACACAUACUGCUGCAGUCAGUCAGAGGUGGCAGGGUUUAUGGUUAAGAGAUUAAACAUGUUAAUGAAGAGUUAUUAAUGAUUUAUUCUGUUAGCGUGUGAAGAGUCUCACUCUUCAGCUGUCUGAUAAUAAAGAAUAUUAUAAUGGCUAA